AUGGCUAGCGUUCCGGAACUCCAGAAAAAGUACGACGAGAUCUCGGCGAUCCGCAACGCUGCAAUAAGCGACUUCACACUAUCAAAUGCUAGGAAGCGCGAGAUAGCACAGGCAUUUACAGCCGCCCGCACCGAGCUUCGGGCUGCUUCCAAGGCCGCCAUGGCUGCUCGCGCGAAACCCAAGCAAACGCCCACCGCCGACCAGCUACCCUCAAAACCCUCGAUGAGUCACGAAAAAGAUUCAGCCUCUCCAACACCUGAAAUGCUGGAGAAAGGUCCAACCUCGACAGCACCUGAACUGAUGGAGAACGAUCCAGCUCCUACAACACCUGGGCUGCUGGAGAAAGGUCCAGCCUCUACAAAGUCUGAAGUCCUGGAGAAGUGA